CCUUCUGAAAAACAACUUCAAAACUCUUAAGAACUUCCGCUUAACAAAUGUCUUUCUGCUUACAAAAUAAUGUAUAAUACCCACUUAAUGUCGCUCCGUCUCAGCUUUACGAAAGCAUUUGAAGCGUAUCAGGAGACAUUCUUAAAGUACCCGAGUAAGGCUCCACUUGUUUUAAAAUAAACGGAAUAAUGAUAUUUUCGAACGAAUAUAUGAGGGAGAAAUUGUCUUUCUUAACUCCCUUUCUACCGUAUGGCGUUCUAGAAUCUUGGGAGGAUCUUAAUCCACGACUUUACCACGCGGUGCACAUUUAUUGGCUAAAAUUCUACGGGUUAUGGUACAAUACGCAUCCGAGAACCAGUUUACUCUUCUGGGCGCACAUAGUUUACACAAUAGUAGUGCUGUGGCUCGUGUGUUUUCUACCCGGCAUAGGCGAGGUCGUCUAUUUACUGAGACGACGAGAUAACAUUGGAGAUAUCGCUGAGGGAUUGUAUUUGUUCUUAAGUGAAAUGUAUACGUAUAUAAAACUGUCAGUGUUUUGGUUGAAAAGGAGGGAAAUAAUGUCGCUCCUUGAGUUCCUUCACCGAGAUGAGUUCAAAGUCAAGGAGCCGGAGCAUAGAGAAAUCAUACGGAAGAGUAUUAAGAGGGCCCGCUUCGUGAUGACAUAUUAUUCAAGCAUGUGUGUGGGCGCAGUGAGCGUGGGAAUACUGAUGCCCCUCGCCGAACAGUUCGAAGUGCUGCCCACGAACGUGGAAUAUCCAUAUUUCGAUGUGUAUAAAUCACCAGCCUACGGAAUCAUUUACAUACACCACAUAUAUUAUAAGCCAGCAACGUGCAUUAUCGACGGCGUAAUGGAUACCAUAUUGGCGGCUUUCAUCGCCUCAGCCAUUGGUCAAAUAGACGUCCUAGCGUUCGACUUAAGAAACUUCAACUUAAUUGUGGAGCGACGACGCAAGACGCUGCCUUUCGCAGGAGUGAACAACAAAAGUAUAAAUCACAUGCCUUUGGUGAACGACCAAGAGUCAACUCAGCAUUGUCAACGCGCCGUAUUUAAGGACAUCAUUAAGCACCAUAACAGCAUUAUAAAAUACGUAUCGCUGAUCGAGAGCGCGUUCAGUCUGGCCUCGGCCCUGCAAUUAAUGCUGAGUGUGAUGGUGCUCUGUUUGGUUGGGAUACAAUUCCUUUCGAUUGAAGAGCCUAGCAGUCACCCCAUACAAAUCGCCUGGAUGGCAAUUUAUCUUACCUGCAUGCUCAUCGAAGUUUUCAUUAUAUGCUGGUUCGGAGAUGAGCUCAUAUGGAAGAGCUGGGAGCUUCACCAAGCAGCAUUCGACUCCCCCUGGCCCUCGACUGACUCCAAAACCGCCAUGUUCAUCGUCAUCUUCAUGGAGCGCUGCAAGCGGCCCCUGCGCGUCACCGCCGGCAAAAUCUUCACCCUCUCAUUGGACACUUACACUAAUCUUAUCAAUUGGUCCUACAAAGCGUUUGCAGUCAUGAGGAAUGUCAAGAAAUAAAGCAUGUUGAAGUAACUCAAGAGAAAAUAAUUUCAAAUAAAAUGGUAGAGAGCAUUUUAGGAAAAGUGCCUUAGCGCUCGUCAUGCCAUGUACACACUAGUCGAGAGCCUCUCUCCGUGACUCUCGGCACCACCGCUGCGAGUCCGAUCCAUUCGGAGAAGCGCGAAACGAGACGAGGAAGAGCGAGACGAGUAUGUACUCACUCGUUCUCGGACCUUCUCGGGGUGUCUCGACGAGUGUGUACUGCCCGCAUUAAAUGUCAAAUAUGAUUAUUACACAGCAAUUAUUUUAACAACACGACAAUUAUUAUUUGAUAUUGAAAUUAGGCUUGUCGUAAAAUGACUAAGCACUUAAUAUAAUUUCGAACGCUGUCGCUUUAAAUUUGCAUUGACAUUUUAUAGAAUUUAGCAGCUAAUAUUGAAUUCGACUUGUUGUGAAAUGAGUCAAAGCUAAUUUUAGUGAUUUAGAAUAGUCGUUAGGAAUAGAGCAAUAUUAGAGGCGGCCAUUAUGGCAGCUAAUGGGGAUAAUUGGCAGCGGCGGCAAAAUUAAUGUGUAUCAAACAUGCAACACGGGUCUGAUGCUCAGAUGCUUGCAGUAUAGGUGUAGCGCAGAUUUUGGCGUCAAAAAUCGUUUUAUUGACUUGUGAAAUGAUGUAGUUAUUUAGCAGAAUAAAAAAAUUACUUGAACCCACAACCUUAGCCUCACCGGAGCAAACCAAUGAUCUUAACUUCCUAAAGGCCUCAUUCGAACUUUAAGAUACGUCAAAUAUUAGGUCUAAACACAAUAUGGAUAGGAUACGUCAUAUGUCAGUGUCAAAAACCUAAUAUUUGACGUAUCUUAAAGUUCGAAUCAGGCCGCUUAGGGUAUAGUCCAACAAUAAACAGUAAAAAAUAUAUGAGGGCGUCACUUCCUACGUAACUGUCACAUUUUUGACGUAAAAUGCUUGCAUGGCAACAAUUUAGUUUAAAAAAUAUUUAGUUUCAUUUUAUUAAUUUCUACUAUUCUAUGUCGCACUAUACAUUGAUAUGUUCACCUCUUGUUCGCCGAUAAGGUUCGCUUCCUCGGGAGGCGCUUAUAGCGAUAUUACCGCAAACAGUAUUGAAGUUCGGAAGCCACGGCUAAUAGAAUUUUAUUUCCCAGGUGUCAGGUUGUGGAUUCAAGUCCAUUUUAAACUUAUUAGGCCUUCCCACAUUAACAAAGUCCGGUCGGAUUCAUAAACUUGUAUUUUACGAAUAGGUAUAAUAAUAAUAUAGCCCUUUAUUUCAUGCAAUUUAAAAUAACGUUACAAUAUUUACAAUUAAUUAUAUACAGGUAACAUAUAUGCUACUUAUCCACUUAUUUAUAAACAUUUAUAAGUAAUAAUUUUACUCUUACAGCUGUCUAUUAGGAAAUAUGUAUAUUAAUUGCUUUUUUUUUUAAUAAAAGUGAAUUUUACCAUUUUAAUUAUGAUUAAAAUAAUGAAUUAAUUAUUAUAUAUAAAUUAUUUAAUUGCAUGGCGCUAUGCGCGCAAAGGCCUCCCCCAAACGUUCCCAUUUUUUCCUGUCUUGAGCCGAUCUCCACCAGUGUCUGUCAUAACUUUUUAGAUCGUCUCUCCAUCUAAGUUUAGGUCUAUGGUUCUUCCUUUUUCUAUAUCUAGGCACCCACUCUGUCAAUAUUUUUGCCCAUCUAUCACUUGGCAUUCUACAUACGUGACCUGCCCAUGCCCAUUUAGUUUUUUUGGCUGCGUGGAUGACGUCUUCUAUGCCUGUUUUUUCCCUUAUAGCUGUGUUUCUUAUUCUGUCCUGCCUGGUUAUUUUUAGCAUCGACCUCUCCAUCGCCCUCUGGCAUACUCUAAGCUUAUCCGUUUGUUCUUUUGUCAGGCUCCACGUUUGAGAUCCAUAUGUCAAUGUAGGAAGAAUAGCCGUAUUAAAGGUUGCUCGCUUUAUUUUUAUGGAUAGGUCGCUCUUCAUAAUAAAUUUUAAUGCCCAGUACUUUUUCCAGGCUUUGCUUAUCCUAUUCUGUAUCUCUUUGUCUUGCUUGUUAUCGAAUGAAAUCAGUUGUCCAAGAUAAGUAAAGUUUUUGACGUACUGCAUUUCCGUUGGUCCAAGUUUAAUAGGCGUCUCUUGUCCAUUAGUCAUAAUUUUGCAUUUGUUUUUGUUCAUCUCUAGUCCUGCUUCUUUGCACACAUCAUUAAAUUCUGUUAGCAUCAUUUCUAGUGAUUCCGUGUCUUCAGCAAAAAUAAUAACGUCAUCGGCAAAUCUUAAGUUGUUUAGGAAUUUUCCGUUUAUUUUUAGGCCUUUUGUGUCCCAAGAUAGGUUUCUAAAUAUCGCUUCAAGACUAGCAUUAAAUAGUAUUGGUGAGAUUGGAUCGCCUUGUUUUACACCUUUUUGUAGUGCGAAAGAUUCUCCUUGUAUGUCAGUUUUGAUUAAGGCCUUGCUGGUUUUGUAUAUGUAUUUUAAUAUAUUUAUAUAUUUUUGGUCUACGUUUUGAUCUUCCAGGGUCUUAAAGAGAAAAGUGUGUUCAAGCGAAUCAAAGGCCUUAGAAAAGUCAAUAAAUGCUAUGUAUAUUUUGUGAUUGUAUUCUAUACUUUUUUCCAUAAUUUGGUUUAAGCUGUGAAGGUGAUCGAUUGUGCUAAAUGACGAUCUAAAUCCCGCUUGUUCCACCGGCUGUUGUUCUUCUAGAUUUCUUUCUAUUCUUCGUCUUAUUAUUGUCAUAAAUAGUUUGUACAUACAGGAUGAUAUACUAAUGGGCCUGUAGUUGUCCAAAUUAUCUUUCUUUCCCUUUUUAUGCAGUAUGGUAAUUUUAGAGAUGUUCCAUUGUUCUGGUGUAAUUUCUUCUUCUAAUAUUUUAUUGAAAACUAAAGUGAUAGCUUUGUGUAGUUCGUAACUUGAAUAUUUCAAUAUUUCGUUGUUUAUUCCAUCUGGGCCCAUUGCUUUUUCAGAUUUUAAUUUCGCGAUAGCUGAGGAAAUUUCAUCUACAAGGAACGAUUUCGGUGUUUCGCAGUCUUUUCUGUUAUAUAUGGCAGGAUCAAAGUUUUCUGUAGAAUAAAGGUGUUUAAAAAACUCGGUUGCUGUAGUAACUAUGUCCUUUCUGCUCUCUAUUUUGCCCGUCGUAUUUGUUAAGUUCGGUAUCAUUUCUUUCCCAAUAGACAUAAUUCUCUCCGCCUUUUUUAUUCCACGAAUAGGUAUAGUUACUGUUAAGACACGCUGUAUUUGUAAUGCUUAGGUAUUUGAUAUUAUUAAUUUAAGUCUACUUAAUUAAAUUAAAUGUCUGUCAUAACAAGUACAAUAAUUAAAUUUUC